UUUGUGGGAGGGGCUACAGACUUAUAUAAUCUCCAGGCAGAACUACUGAGAGCUUAGAGUGAGUUAUAGUGUGCACAAGGAAGAAACUAUCAGGCACGUGGAAACAUGUCUGGGAAACCCAAGCUGCACUACUUCAAUGGACGAGGCCGAAUGGAACCAAUCCGGUGGCUGCUGGCAGCAGCCGGGGUUGAGUUUGAAGAAUCUUAUCUGGAAAAAAAGGAUGAUCUGACAAAACUACAGAAGGAUGGAUCCCUGCUCUUUCAGCAAGUGCCAAUGGUGGAGAUUGAUGGCAUGAAGAUGGUGCAGACCAGAGCCAUUGCCAAUUACAUAGCAACGAAGUACAACCUCUACGGGAAGGACCUGAAGGAGAGAGCCCUAAUCGACAUGUAUGUGGAAGGAAUGUUUGAUCUGAACGAGCAACUCAUGUCCUAUGGUUUCCAACCAGCAGAUAAGAAAGAGCAACAUUUUGCUAAUAUGGUGGACAAGACCACAAACAGAUACUUCCCAGUCUUUGAGAAGGUAUGUGGCAAAGAUGUUGUAGCUUAAUCGAUACUGUUCUCC